AUGAGCUUGUACGCCAGCAUCCUCACGGGUCACUUCCGCCGUGCAUUCGUGAACCCACGAAUAUGCUACACAGCUCCUAGAGGCCUCUCAGGCCUUGGCCUUACUCUGAAGCAGGCGCAUGCCUGGCGACAGCCACUACUUGGCGCACCACGGCCCUUUACCACUUCGCCGUCCGAAGCCUCAAGACCGCGGCAAUCUAUCGUGCAGUUUGCGCUGAGCAAAGCAUGGGGGGCGACGCAUAGGAGCAGAAUAGCGCUCUCAGGUCGUGCGCAGAGCUCCUGGAGCCCACCACCGCCACAAGGGCCGUGGCAGCGGUUCAUCCGAUGGCUGGACUCCAUCCCGUCGAAUACCAUAUUCUGGGGCGUGCUGGGCAUUAACGGUGCAGUGUUUUGUGCAUGGCAACUCGGUGCGGCAUUAUACCAAAGUAGCGGCAAUGCUAGCCUUUACAUUGCGCUGCGGAAAAACUUCACUGUCAGCAUGCAGAAUCUCAUGUCUGGACGAGUAUGGACUCUCCUGACAGCUAGCUUCUCGCACGAAGGCAUGAUGCACAUCUUCACCAACGCAUUUACCUUCUACUUCAUGGCACCGCCUGUCCUUCAAUUUCUUGGGACCUCUGGCUUUUUAGCCCUGUACCUUGGGGGUGGCAUCUUCUGUAGUGUGGUCAGCCUGUGGUGGAAUAACUCUGUCAAGAACAGACCGACGUACUCCUCGUAUGGUGCUAGUGGCGCAGUGUACGCUGUCAUCUCGUUCUUCGCAUGUGUUGCCCCAACGACUCGAUUUGCACUGUUUGGCGUACUACCGAUACCCGCCUGGCUCUUCGUCACUGGAGUCUUCCUUAUGGAUGGAUAUGAGUCAUUGAAAGACUCGCAUACCAGAGUCGACAACGCAGGUCACAUAGGCGGGAUACUCGCUGGUAUUGGUUACUUCCUGGGCAAGCGGUUCCGCAUAUUCUAA